AAUACCGAUGAUCUGACUCACAGGGUGGCGCUGCUGCACCUUGAUUGAAAUGACCUCGUUGAGAUCACAACAACAAUCAUGGCCGCCUCGUGCAGGAUGGUGUGCUGCGAGGAGGAAAGGGAGUCUGACAAAGCGAUCAUAGUCCGAUUUUCGAAUGGUUUCACCAGCAAUGCAGAGGAACUGGAUUUUGCCACAUUCAAGAACAUAGAAGAAAAUAAUCCGAGGAAAAAGAUAAGGCGGAUCGUGGUUGCUGAAUCAGACAGGUUGUCUUAUGUCGGGCAGAAUUUUGGAGAAGAUUUAAUGAAAUGCAAUAAUCUUUGCAGAUAUUAUGUUGGAGUUUUGAAUAAAGAAACCAUGCAGAUGGAGAUACACAGCGCUCAGCUAUUCAACAUGCAACCUGUCAUACCAGGAGAGGCAACACAUGAUGCAAAGCCUCAGGACACCACUCUGUCCUACAGGGAAAAGGUUGACUCCUUGAUUGAGGCCUUUGGCACGAAUAAACAGAAACGAGCUCUGAGCUCUCGCAGGCUCAACCAGGUGGGCAGUGAUGCUCUGCAUCAUGCAGUGGCUGAAGCUGCCAGCACUGUGAUUGAUAACAAGGGUCUGGAAGCUCUGCAACAGGAAGUAGCUGAAACAGAGUCUCAAGGAGCCCUGUCGUUACACCUACCUCCCUGCAAUGCAGAUGCAGACAAAAAAGAAGAUGUCUACCCCUUUGAAGAGCUACUGAGUCCAGUAGAAUUUGCUGCUUUGGAGCCGAACGGUCAAAAGAUGACGGCACUAAGCCAAGAGGAGCUGCAGAAGUUGAAAGACCAAAGAGGGAAUCUGUGUGUGAUGAAGCACCUGGAGAACAUGCCAUCCGCAAGUGAACCUAGAGAGAAAACUGCUCGCUGCGCUUUUUACCUGUCUCUCCUCAUCAAACUUGCCCAUCAGAAGAUUGUCACUCGCAAAUUUUGGACUGAGGAAGGUUGUCCUCGUGUCAUUCAAAGUAAAAUUCUCCGAACAUUUACAGUGGAGACAUACAAUAAUGGCAGGGUCCAGAACAUUGUGUCGACAUCAAUGCGGGCCAAAAUAGCAGCUCACAGUCUGGCUCUGUUGCUGCAUUUGGGUGACAUGACUGUUAACCUCUCACUGCUUCACCGUGACCUGGAAAUCAAUGAGGCCAGGAUGCUGGAGAUUGCAAAGUCGAUGGGUUUAACCAUAAGCAAGCCAGCCCGCGGUAAAGGAGAUGAAGCACAGCUACAGGACGAACACAGAUACGCCUCACUUGUUCUGCCUCUGAUCAAAUACGAUAAGUUUGUCGAGAGACGGAAGCGCAAGAAAAUGCACUGAAAUUCAAAGUAGGAUGUGUGGAGAGAAAAAAGACACAAAACUCUCUGUAUUUGUUUACAAAAUACUUUAAUAAAUCAAAUCAUUUGAGUU